GCUUUGCUGCCUGUGUACUUUUUGGAAGACUCGAUCUGUUUGCCGAGCAGGCUUAACCCUUCUUUCUGGCUUACCGACACUGGGUAGUGAACUAGUUGCAGGCUGUCAUACCCUUAAGGUGUGUAAUAGACCAUGUUGCUUCAAUACAAAAGAUGCAACCUUAAGGCCUUUUCAGACACAGAGCACUUGACCCAACUGCUACAGUAGCGAGAUCUCUGCUGCCGUGGUUAGAAGAGGGGUUUAACCCUUGCAAAAGGAAGGAGUGAGUGUUAGCCCAAGAACGGGCAGUUGUCCCGCGUUGGGUUCUCCUGGGCAACUCCAAAUAGGCAUUGCCAAUGGAUGAACUGGUGCAUGACUUGGCCUCAGCUUUAGAGCAGACUUCAGAACAAAACAAGCUGGAUGAGCUAUGGGAAGAGAUGGCCCUAAGCCCACGGCAGCAGCGGCGUCAACUUCGCAAGAGACGGGGUCGUAAACGACGCUCAGACUUCACUCAUCAGGCUGAGCAUGCCUGCUGCUACAGCGAGGCCUCAGAGUCAAGCUUGGACGAAGCUGUCAAGGAUUGCCGUGAGGUGCUGACAGCCAAUUUCAGUGACUCUGAUGACAUGGCAGUGGUCAAACGACACCCAGCUCUCAGUGCCACCCUGAGGAGCAAGCAACACUCGUGGCAUGAGUCAGACUCCUUUACAGAGAACGCACCCUGUCGACCUCUCAGGCGCCGACGGAAAGUCAAACGUGUGACAUCAGAGGUGGCUGCCAGUCUCCAGCAAAAGCUCAGGGUGUCAGAGUGGAACUACGAGAGGGGCUGCAGGUUCAAGUCAGCCAAGAAACAGCGUCUUUCGCGCUGGAAAGAAAAUACCCCUUGGACAUCAUCUGGUCAUGGCCUUUGUGAAUCAGGAGAGAGCAGGCCCUUCCUGAGCAAAGGGGGAAGGAAGGAGCGAAUGGAGUGUGAAGCUGAUGAACAGAAACAGGGCUCAGAUGAAAACAUGUCAGAAUGUGAAACCAGCAGUGUAUGCAGCAGCAGUGAUACUGGCCUGUUUACCAAUGAUGAGGGCCGCCAAGGAGAUGAUGAGCAAAGUGACUGGUUUUAUGAAGGAGAAUGUGUUCCAGGAUUCACUGUCCCCAACCUCCUUCCUAAGUGGGGAGCUGACCACCGGUCUGAAGUGGAGCGAAUUGACUCGGGCCUGGACAAGCUCUCAGAUUCCAUGUUCCUCUUGCCCUCACGGCCAGCUCAGAGAGGAUUUCACGCUCGCCUGAAUCGCCUUCCAGGAGCUGCUGCCCGUUGUCUCCGAAAAGGUCGGAGGAGGCUUGUUGGCAAGGAGACCUCCAUGAGCACUCUGGGCACCGAGAGGCUAGGUCAUAUUGUUAGUGAUCCGCGCCAGAAAGAAAAGAACAAAGUGCUGGCUUCUGAUUUCCCACACACUGUGGCUUGUGCACAUGAGUUCAAUCCAUUAUCUCCUCUGUACUCUCUGGAUGUGCUUGCUGAUGCUUCCCACCGAAGAUGCUCACCAGCACACUGCACUGCCAGGCAAGCAAAUGUACACCUGGGACCACCAUGUUCAAGGGACAUCAAGAGGAAACGAAAGCCAGCUGCAGCCUCCAUGUCCAGCCCAACAUCAGCAACCUUAUCUGUCCACAUGGAUGCAGCAGAGUCAGAGCUACCAGCAACACCGUCUCUGAGAUCCCAGAACUCUGAGUGGACAGGGAAAACGCCACCAGCCGAGAAAGCCACUAUUGCUGCCUCCAGUAACUUUUUUAAAAUGCCACCAGAGAAGAGCCCUGGAUACAGCUAA